ACUUCAGGGGCUUUUUGUAGUGUUUUAUUAAAAUUAUAUGAGGAACUAUAUAAAUAGAAAUUUCCAAGCUAAAAUAUUCAGUUUUUCGGAAAACCUUUUAAACAAUCUUUUUAAUUAGCAUACAAUUAUGCGAUCUAAUAAAUUGAUUAAAAUAAGUUUGUACCAGGUGAAGUGUAUAUGAUAGGAGAUAAUAUAAAUAUGGAUUUGAUUUAGGCCAAAGAAUUGGGAUGGAAAACUGUUUUUGUGAA